CCGUGGAAAGUGAACGAAUCUCAACGAAGCCAAUUCAUUCAAUAUCUCAAACCAUACGCGGCGGCGCUAGGAUCAUUCAAACUUCCUUCCAGGUUAUCGUUGUCAAGAUACAUCGCUGGUUAUAUUGACGGAUACAAUGAUCACCAUCCUUUCAUGCAUAUGCCAACCUUCUGCAUGAAAUACCAUCGAGAGUCUCCAGAGCUGGUGUUGGCACUCUUAGCCGUAGGUGCUCAACUUCGAUAUGAGACACGCAACGCUUCCGCAUUGUACCGAGCUGGAAGGGCAAUCAUCUUGCAUCGAUUAGAAUCAGGAGAGUUGGCAACCCAGCCUGGAGGAUUAUGUGGAAUAUCCAGGCCGUCUAACUCUCUUGCUUUGGCAGGAGUAGAAGCUUAUUCCUCUGCUGCAGCCUCACGCCUAGACACUAUGAAGGCAAUCUUGUUGUUGGCAACCUAUUCUACCUGGCAAGAAGACCUCUGUCUCGUUCGAGAGUCUCUAGAGUAUCCAGGCCUCCUCGCGCGGUGUCUGCGGGAGAGCGGGCUCGUAAACGAUGCCUCUUACAACGACAAAGACCUGGACUGGCAUUCCUGGGCACGAGCCGAGUCAGACCGCAGAGCGAAGCUCGCUGCAUUCUGCUUCUUGAACCUUCAAACACUGGUCUUCAAUGUUCCGCCAGUCAUUUUAGCAAAUGAGAUUGAUCUAUGGCUGCCAGGAACUUGUGAUGAAUGGCUGGCGCCUACCGCUGCAUUGUGGCUAAGGGCUCGUAGCAAGAGUCCGGCGCUCGUUCGCUUCCAAGAGGCGUUUGUCAACUUGGUCCAACCUCGCACGGAAGAAUGUCCAGUUCCUUCACCCUUUGGAAACUUUGUGCUGAUCCACGCGAUUCUACAGCGCCUCAUAGUCGCAAAACAACUCUCACUGGAUCCUGCAUCCCCGGGGUAUGCCCCCGAAGAGGUUGCGAAAUUCGAGUCAUCGCUGCACCGGUGGCGUGACCAAUGGUGCAAGGCUCCCGAGUCUGUUUUAGAUGUUAGGCAUACCAAAGGGUCUCUCUCUUGGACAGCGACAUCUCUGCUUGGACUUGCGCAUGUACGCUUGCAUUUUGCUUCUAGAAGACCGCAAGAGGUUUGCUCCGGAAAUCCAAAGAUCAUUGCAGGCAACGCCUGGAAUGCUCGGCCGCCAGAACGUGGGCCUCAUCUUGUCUACGCUUUACUGCACGCAGUUCAUGCGUUGAACAUUCCUGUGCAACUCGGUAUCGACUACUUGGCUAGCUGUCAGGCGUUCUUCUGGAGUUUGCAGCACUGCUUCUGUUCCUUUGAGGCAGCCAUUUUUCUCAGUAAAUGGCUGUUUAUGCUUGCAGAAACCCAAGGUACGGAAGAAUUAGAUGUAAACGAACGCCAGAUAAUAAGGUGGACAGAGUGUAUCGUUAACGAGGCCUUGGCUUCGCUCGAAGCAAUCGACGGAUAUGACCUGAGUACCACGGAAGACAACACCUCGCACUCUUUGGAGGCUCUUGGUAAUUUGGUGAUCAAGUUAUUCGCCAAGAUGUUUGAAAGAUGCAACAGCGCCUGGCCGAUCAUGAGGACGAUCGGUCAAAGUCUACACGAAUAUUCGAGUCUUCUGGGUAAAUGUGACAAGUCGCCAAGUCAUGAUUAG